AUGCCACACAACGGCGCACCCUACAACGUCCAACAUGCCCUGCGAACCGUCUUCCGCGAAGUCCACCCGAGCUCACGGGUAUUGCCUGGCAUCGCUCAACGGCGACACUUCCACGAGUACUUCGUAACGCAUCUGCCCUCAUCAUCACUAGCACCAGACAAGACACAUCCCUCACAUCACAAACUCCCGCGAUCCGAUUCGAAACCGCACCAAGGCCCGUCAGAACGAAGCAAUAGGCCGCCGGCGAGCAAUCGCGACACCACAAUAGUGAGGAUACCUUUGAAGAGUGCAAAACAUCACUUUGGAGCGGGCAUUAGUCGAGGCAGCAGACCUUACAAUGAGGACACAUACCAAGCCGGCACGGUUGAGAUACCUGCGUUUGCCAAGAAGCAACCCAUGAGCAUCAACCGAAGGCCGAACAGUGAUCAGACACAAGGUUCUACCCGGGAGACUGGCGAUCCACAAGUAUUCUACUUUGGUGUCUUCGACGGUCAUGGGGGAAAUGAGUGCUCGGAGUUCUUGCGCGACCGACUGCAUGGCUACAUCGAAGAGGCAGCACUUCUAUUUGGCAUGCAAAGCACUUUACAGAAGUCAGAUAAUCCAUCCGAGGACAACGAAUACUCAGGUGGGAUCAUGGGCGAGCAAGAUCCCGAAGACCUGCAGAAGACACUGGUGAGCUCGUGGAAAGAGACUGUCGGAGGCUACUUCAAACGCUUUCGACCCGAACACUUCCCUGCAGUAACCAACGCGGACCAGUCGUCAGCCCAGGACAACAGCUCGAUCGAGACUGUGCUCGCAUAUGCCUUCUUGAAGGCCGAUCUCGACUUCACCACGGCGCAAGCUGCGAAGCAAAGUGAGAACGCCGCUGGAAAGCAGGAGCAAACGCUACAGAGCGAUCCAGUCAUCGACGAUAAGCCACUUAACGAGGGUGAUAUGUUGUUCCAUCCGGAUCGUCCAGCCUCGCAGAACUUGAGCAAGCGACCUCCUGCGAAGGGCUCUUCGCCAGAUCUAGACAAACCAAUCGGUGGCAAUUCGCGCUUCAAAGGUGGUUCGACAGCAUCCAUUGCGUUGGUUUCAACGCCUACACCGACGCCUUUUUGGCAUCCUGCCAGUCCCAGCACGCUCAUCGUGGCGCAUGUUGGUGACACUAGAGUCUUGCUCUGCAGGACAUCAGAUGGCGCGUCCGUUCCGCUUACCAUAAACCACCAUCCUUCGGCGCCCACCGAGGCACAACGGCUACGACGAUAUGCAGCUUCUUUCGUGACAGAUAGCUUCGGCGAGGAGCGUGUUCUCGGACUUGCCAACACUCGUGCCUUUGGAGACAUUGGCAGCAAGCGUAUUGGUGUCUCGGCGGAACCACAACUCACAACGAUCCAGUUGCCACCAGCUGGUUAUGCGUUCAUAGUGUUGGUGUCCGAUGGUGUCUCGGGACAUUUGGAAGACCAGGAAAUCGUGGAUAUUGUGAAGGAAGCUAGGACACCGGGUCAAGCUGCGAAAGAUCUGAUUUCCUUUGCUGUUGAGACGGCUGGGGAAGCAGAUAAUGCGACAGCGCUAGUGGUGCGGUUGGGGGGAUGGGAGCGGAGAAGUGAGGGCGGAGGUGGAAGUAUGGGAACCAAAGAGAGACGUGACUUUAGAAGGCGUGAAGCCGACGAUCCCAGGUCGCGACGCCAAUAA